ACACAGCCACACAGGGCCUCCUCGUCUCGGUUCUCCUAGAGUCCUAGUCCACAACUCCACGCCGCCAGCUGCCUUGGGCGCCAGGCGCUCCACCUCCGCUCGCCGGCGGCCGCCACCGAACAGCCUCGACCUCCACCGCCGCUCGCCGGCAACAUAGAGAUCCUGCUUCGACUCCCUCCUCUCGUCUCCUUUCUACGCCUCCACUCUGUCCUAGUGGUAGGGUAACCGGGUAGUAGGCACGUGCUGACGUGCCAUCCAAGCGCGGUUGACUCCCCCCCCGGCCACGGGCCAAGUAAACCCUCGCCUCCCGGUAUCCGGUAUCCACCACCAUUCCCUACUCGCUGGUCGCCGCCUCGCACUCGCAACCCCCCCCCGCCGUGGCCGCGCGCCUCACCUCCACCGGCGACUCGCCCCCUGAACCUUAGGCGCCAGCGAUCGCCGGCGUGUAGGCCAUGGACAACGGCGGCGCGGCGGAGCUGCGCGAGACCCACUGCCUGAAGGGCCACGCCGACCGCGCGUGGUCACUCGCCUGGAACCCCUCCCCCGGCGCCGGCGCCGGCCCCGUCCUCGCCUCCUGCGGCGGAGACAAGACCGUCCGGAUCUGGAAGCGCGCUCCCGACGGCACCUGGCACUGCUCGGAUGUGCUCGAAGACACGCACAACCGCACAGUGAGGUCAUGUGCUUGGUCCCCUGACGGGAAGCUCUUGGCGACCUCUAGCUUCGACGCCACAACCGCGAUAUGGGAGUACAGCGGCGGGGACUUUGAGUGUGUCGCCACAUUGGAGGGGCAUGAGAAUGAAGUGAAGAGCGCGUCGUGGAGCCAGUCAGGAUCGCUGCUUGCGACGUGCAGCCGAGACAAGGCUGUGUGGAUAUGGGAGAUGCAUCCAGGGAACGAGUACGAAUGUGUAGCGGUGUUGCAGGGGCAUACUCAGGAUGUGAAGAUGGUCCAGUGGCACCCGGUCCUUGAUGUUCUGGUUUCUGUCAGCUAUGACAAUUCUAUCAGGGUCUGGGCUGAUGAUGGCGAUGACGAGUGGCAUUGCGUACAGACAUUGACAGAAGCCGGUAACUGUGGUCAUUCCUCAACAGUAUGGUCAAUAUCUUUUAACCAGAAUGGUGAUAGGAUGGUCACAUGCAGUGACGACUGUACUUUGAAAAUAUGGGACACAAGUAUUGAUUUGUCACAGCCAAAAACUGGAGAAGGUCAUGAAUCUUGGCGACAUCUUUCUACUCUAACUGGAUAUCAUGAUCGCACUAUUUUUUCAGCCCAUUGGUCAAGCGAGGAUGUUAUAGCCAGUGGGGCUGGUGACGAUGCAAUAUGCUUAUUUGUUGAGGAGAAGAGUAGCAUGGUUGAGGGGCCUUCCUACAGAUUAAUAUUGAAGAAAGAGAAGGCUCAUGACAUGGAUGUAAAUUGUGUCAGAUGGUGCCCUCAGGACCCGAGGAUGUUAGCAUCUGCAAGCGAUGAUGGCACGGUGAAAUUGUGGGAACUGGGAGGCAGUGUACUGGAUUAAAUUAUACUGCCAAGUUUGCUGUAAUAUAAUUAUAGUUAAAGUUGUGUACCCUAGGUAUCACCACUUGGUUAAUGUUUUCCUAAAACAGUGCUCCCUAGUUUGGUUACUAUUUGUAUCUUCAGAGAGCUUGGAUGGUGAUGUUGUUUGAACAAAUUUUCCAUCCAAGCUGCAGGCAUCCUGACGGACAUGGAAUUGUCUGUGUAUAAAUUAUGAACGAAUAGAACAGUGAUUUUUUUUUUCUGUCGUUAAGGAGAUCUGCAAUAUCAACAAAGUCGCUACUCCGUAUCUUUAA